GAUAUGGAGCUGCCGGUGGAAAUGUGAUGAAUAGCAGUGACGGUAGUGGGUACGCUAAUAGUAGUGCCCUUUCAGCGGCUGCAAUGGUAGCGGCAGCUACCGCAACCGCUACCGCAACAGCAAGCGUUGUGGCGCUACAAGACAACGCGGCGCAGUUCAACAAUCAGCAAUUCAAUCAGGGCUACCAACAGCGUCUGAUGCCCAUGGGCGGGAUGAACGGUUUGAGUCCGAUGCAAAGCAUGCAGCAGAUGCAGUUAGGCGGCAUGCAUGCACUGCCUAAUAUGGGUCCUAAGGGGAUGCAAACGGGAGCACCAGGACCAGCGGCCCCGAACUCAAUGUAUCCCAGACGGAUGGCACCAUAUCCUUCGCCGACCAUGCACAUGACGCAGAAAAGAGGGAAUCAAGUAUACCAGAACUCGUGUCCACCGAUAAACCCCAGUAUGAACCCCCAAAUGGGCAACUUUAACCCCAAUGGGCAACCGUACCCUCAAUACGCCGCUAGGCAGCCUACGUUUCAGCAAUACCCAACUCAACAGACGCUUGGACCUACAGGAAACUUCUCUCCUGGGAGUAAUAUGAUUCCCGUAGGAAGUCCACGGCAACUGAGACAAGCCACACCGCCAUAUACGAAUCAAGGGCAGUAUUUCUCUAAUGGUUCUAUGAAUCAUUUUAAUAAUAACUCAGGUCAGUACCAGAUAAAUCAACCAAUAGGAAAUGGCCAAUACGGAACGACGUCAUCGACGGGGCAAUUCCAACAGGACGUAGCAAUGCGCAACAACAUGACAUACCAACAUAGUCCAAUCCCGGGAAAUCCAACGCCGCCACUUACUCCAGCAAGCAGUAUGCCACCAUACAUUAGCCCCAAUCCCGAUGUUAAACCCAAUUUUAGCGAUAUCAAGCCUCAGAUGCCAUCGCAAAAAGAUGACGAGUUAAGGUUAACAUUUCCUGUUCGUGAUGGUAUUAUCUUACCACCGUUCCGGCUAGAACACAACCUUGCCGUCAGCAAUCAUGUGUUCCAACUGAAACCUACUGUUCAUCAAACACUUAUGUGGAGGCAAGACUUGGAACUGCAACUCAAAUGUUUCCACCAUGAAGAUAGGCAGAUGAACACGAAUUGGCCUGCAUCGGUCCAAGUGUCGGUGAAUGCGACGCCACUUAUAAUAGAUAGGGGAGAAAAUAAGACAUCACACAAGCCAUUAUAUCUAAAAGAUGUAUGUCAGCCUGGAAGAAAUACUAUUCAGAUUACAGUUUCUGCAUGCUGUUGUUCACACCUGUUUGUCUUGCAACUAGUCCACAGACCGUCAGUUCGGUCUGUUCUGCAAGGCUUGCUGCGGAAACGACUUCUCACGGCAGAACACUGUAUCGCCAAAAUCAAAAGAAAUUUUGCCAACGCUGGUGGUACAGCACCAAACGUUGAUAGGGAUAGGGAUGCUGUCGAACAAACGGCUCUCAAGGUGUCAUUGAAAUGUCCUAUUACGUUUAAAAAGAUAACCCUGCCAGCAAGAGGACAUGAAUGUAAACACAUACAGUGCUUCGAUCUAGAAUCUUACCUGCAACUCAACUGUGAGCGAGGGUCGUGGAGGUGUCCUGUAUGCAAUAAACCUGCUCAACUUGAAGGGCUUGAAGUUGAUCAGUACAUGUGGGGUAUUUUGAACACCUUGAGUACGUCAGAAGUUGAUGAAGUAACAAUAGAUAGCUCGGCAAACUGGAAGGCUGCAAAAGGAAACACAUCUGGUAUAAAGAUGGAGGAUGAAAGUCCUGAGCCAUGUGCCGGUGGCAGCAAACGAAGCAGCACAAGUGGUCCAGGUAGUAACAAACCUAUGUCGCCAAAUAGCAUGCAACUGCCAACAAUGGCCAGUUCCUGGGACAUGCAAGCUAUGUCUCCCUAUCUACCCCCUGACAUGAAUAGCAUCGCCAGUGGUAGCAUGAUGACGGGAGGUGGUGGCACGGGAGGCCCAUCUACUUACCAGGGAGAAUAUAUGGCUGGAUCGGGACCCCUCUCACAUCUUAAUGAGUCGGUUAAUUCAUUGGAUCCUCUCAAUGCAAUGGAGAAAAGCCUAAACGAACAGAUGCCACACACACCACAUACUCCGCAUACGCCGCACACUCCGCACACCCCAGCGGGAACUCCCGGCUCGGCGGGCAGCAACGGAAACAACACCACCUCAGGACCUCCCUCUGUGCCUCCACCGGCCUUAUCAUCGGGCGGCACUUCGGAUGCGCACAACAGAUCAACGGGCAGCACAGGUCCCAGUGGUGCCGGGACCUCCAACAACGAAUCACUACCGGAUAUACCGUCCGAUCUCAACUUUGAUCCAGCGGCGGUUAUCGAUGGAGAAGGGACCGGUCAGGAGGCGCUUAAUCUGCUGCCAGAUAGCGUCGAUCCUAUGGAGCUGUUGUCUUAUCUUGACCCGCCUGACUUGAAUACGCCCCCAUCGAGCGGCAGUAGUUCCGGUCAGAACAACACUUCUACCAACGAUGAUAUCCUGGCCCUAUUCGAGUAACCUAAACAUCAGCGUCGCCAGGUCAUACCAGGUACUACCCCAUGUUCCGUGAAAACUACUUCAUUGCAUUUAGCGAUACCUCGGAAUAAUGGUACCGAGAUACCAGUACAGGUGAUAGGAGCAGAAUGUGUGGUAACAGUGUGAAGUUUAUUGUCACCUCAGCAAACGUUUUGCUACAUAGCUUAAUGCUGCAGGAUUCUCGAGUUGGAAAUAUCGUUAAAUAAAGAAUGUGCCAUAUUUUUUAUUCAUUAUAGAAGGCGUAUAAUAUGGUAGCACAUGGACACGAUGCCAUUACGUGAACAUGCCCUUGACAAUUGCAUUCAUAAUAAUUAUGCGUAUCAAAUUACUCUAUUACUUAAAGAUAGCUAGCGCUUUAAUUACUUCACCGCUCCAAAGCGUUAAGAAGCCGAUAGGCUAAAACAUAAGAAUUAAUCCCUUAAACCAAUUUUAAAACACAUUUUCCAUCUGAUCGUAGAUAAUGUUUAUGUCAUUAUUAUUGGUCCCAUACAAUGGACCCUUGCAGCCUAGUAUCGCGCAUAUAUAUGGAGGAAAAUAUAACAGACACACUAGCAAAAGUAAGUCAGAUUAUAUACAGGGUUCCCAAAUGUCAAGCCGGAAGCGGGGGAUAUGGCAAGUUAUAAUAGUUAUCAGAAAAAUAUGAAAAAAUCUAAGCGAUGUACUUUUCAAAUUAUAAGCUUUAAAAAAAAAGCGGAAAAGUCUGCACCCUGUGAUCUUUUAGUUUCCAUUUUAUUACAAAUUUCAACUUUUUCUUAUACAGAGUGACGGUCAGUGUUAUUCUAUGUAGUGACAGCAUUACAGAUGGUAACGCCACGUUUAUUAAUUUGUGAAUGUAUUUACUAGAUACACACCAAGUGUUCAAACUGCAUUAGUUCAGCAGCAAUGCAAGCUUGACAUCUUAAAAAUGAUCUGGUUAUCAGACAGGCGAAUCUUCCGUUAUCAGUAAAAAAAUCUAGUGGAUUUAAGUCGGGUGAACGGGCUGGCCACGAAAUUGUAACAAGCCACCCUAUCCAUCUGCAUCUAACUGAACGGGCAUAGUGCCCGGGCAGCCGUCUUGCUUGUAAAUCAAUUUGGUAAAUGAUUUUGUAAAAAGUCGUAAUAAAUGUCGCCAUUCAAGAACUCUGGCAGCUCAAAGGAUACAGUGAUUCUCCCAUUUAGAAUCCCGGUCCAUAUCUUUACUUUAAAACUAUACUGUCAUGUAUCUUGUCACAUCCAAUGUGAAUUUUCUACAUGCCACUCGUGUAGUGUAGAUUCAUAUUUCCUUAAAAAUCGCUGAUAUUCCCAGUGUCUCUAACAUUAUUUGACAAAACUCAACUCUAGGAAGAUAAUCCCGGGAUUGGAGAGAUUGUACUCGCUGUACGUGGUACGGGAGGAGUUCGUUCUUUCGCAGGAUUCGGUGAGCUGUACCUUCGGAUACUCCCGUGCUUGCUUCUAUUUGACGUAUUGAAGUACUCGGGUCUUCCGGACUGCUUAUACUACUACGUCCUCUUAAAGAAAUGACAUUCUUCCUUCACCAUGUGCUUGAUUUGGGAAUCGUCCCUCUGACAGUAAACGGUGCACAUUCACAGAAAGUCGAUAAUCGGGAUGACGAGCAGCAUUUGGGUACCUCUCACGAUAAAGCCUAGCUGCAACACUAGCAUUGCAUCUACAUUCCCCAUAAAUGAGGUGCAUGUUGACGUAUGCAUGUGCGGUAUACACUGACAUGGUGGAACUACACAAUCAUGAAUUAAUAAAAGUAGCGUUACUAUGUCUUGCUGUCACUAUGUAGAAUGACUCUGUCCAUCACUCUGUCUAAAGAAAAAAUUGAAAUUUGUAGUAAUGGGAACAAAAAGAUCAUCACAGGGUGUAGAUUUUUCCGAUUUUUUUGAACGUCUAUAAUUUAAAAGUACACGACUUUGAUUCUUCUUUUAUAUUUUUCUGAUAAUUAUUAUGACUUCGCCUAUCCACCGUUUCCGGUCUGUCAUCGACUUCUGAGACACUGUACAUAUAAAUGCCAAAAUAAAAUUUGCAGUUACUAAAUUUGCGUAAUUUUAUGGGUUAGUAUUUCAACUUUACAUAAAUACUCAUACAUUCGUAAUUAAUGACUUCACUUUCAAACAUUGAUUCGAGACUUCACUAGUAAUCCUCUAGCUCCUAACGACUACAGGACUUGACAUCGAGGGACGACAAGCUAAGUAACCCAAACAUUACGAGAGAGGUUCCGUCCUAUCACCCAAGUGAGGUUGACGGCUAAUGAGAUAUGGGCAUUUUAUUUCUCAUUAUACUAGAUGGGACACCUUCCGUAGUAAGGCAUCAAAUUGGAAGAGAUUGUCACAUAUCGGAUGACAGUGGCGUAGGCACCCAGAACUAUGAGUCAUGAAGUAAAAAGAGCAAUGUGAAACAUUUCGAAAAUGAGAUUUUAAUGUUUUUUGGAUGUUAUAUGACAUUACGAAAAAACAUGUCACCCAUUUCCGUCGGUCUGUCCGCUAUUCCUUAGCCCGUCUAUCACUUGAAAAGUACUGCUUGGAUGUCGAUUAAUUUUCAGACAAGGUUUCUACUAUGCCAAGGACGAAACGCUCGGUCCAGUUGCGGCGGAGCUAGAGGUAAAAAAACGAAAAAGAAAAUCACUCAACCUUCGUUAUUUGACGUUUUAAAGGCUCCUGAGUACUUUCAGAAAAGUUUUUGGAGUGAUUAAAAAUUAGGGGCUAGGGGAUUGUAGAAGCAUAUAUAUGUAUUAAUUUCUUGGCGUUAGUAUAUUUAUACGCAUCUAACCCCGGUAAUUCUACUCAUAUAUAGAUCAGCUAUAGACUAGAAAAUCUCCAAGAGCGAAUUGGUACUAGGUCUUCAUGGCACAAGCGAUCUGUUUUUUUGUCAAUAAGUUCUGAACUAGUACGUUACAGCAAACUGUAGAAACUGCACUACUCUUUUGUAAACUUCUUUCAACAGUAUCUCCAAUUCGUUUAAUAUUAUUUUACUGAUUCUGGAUAUCAGAGGAAUAGUUCCAUAAUUUAGGAUUGGUAUUAUCUAUAAGCUUUAAUGGUUUUAAGUUUCAUGCCUACUGAAGCGGAAGGUCUCCACCCAAUAAUGGGAUCAAUCUGUCUCACGGUACUUCUUGCCUUUUGCAGGGUUUCUUUAAUCAGCUCCUUGUAACAAAGACGCUUAUCCAGUGCAGGAUAUUUAAUUUUUGUUUUCAACUCAACUCUUACUAAGGCCAACCUUUAGCCAUUUUCUAUGUUUGUUUGUACAGCUAAUAAGCAUACAUUCUGUUUUUGUUCUAUUACACUUGAGGCCCCAUUUCUGACAGUAAUCUACGAUGUCUCUAGCAGCCCAUUCUGCUCGAAUAACUGCCCGAACUUGAUUGUUGGAUCGAUUAAGUACGCAGAGAUCAUCUAGUGCCUGCUAUAUCAGUGUUUCGACGGUCUGUCAUAUACACAUUCAACAGCAAUGGGCCCAAAAUGCUGCCUUGAGGGACGCCAAAUAGAGUUGUGUGUUCAUCACUCACGUCAUUUAACAGUUUACCUCGUAUUUUUCUAUUUUGGAGAGAUAUAAAACGAGUAUUUGCAAAGAUUUUCUGAACUACUAAUUUGCGGAGUAGAUAACCUUUUACAAUACUAUCCUUAUUUUUAUUGCUUAAGAUGAUUAGAAUACAAAAACGCGAGUUCAAUUUGAAAAAAUUGAGUUUUGUUAAUUUUACAAUUCGAUCUUCAACCGAUUAUUUUGACCACCUUGUAUUAACAAUUAUCAAAAGUCCAUUAAAGUAGACUCGCUUCUAUCAGGCAGUAGUUACGAAUCGUUCGACUAAGACAACACAAGAAUAUACGGAAAAUCCAUAGGCUUUUAUGGACUUGCAUUUGUGAUUUCUUAGAUAAAAUUUCAUAUUUCUCAAAAAGGGUUAGAGUUAGAUAUAGGUCGUUAUAUCUGAAAUGUGUAUUCAAAACGUUGCGUAGAAAAUUCAAAAAUAUAUAAUAUACAGGGCGUUCCAUUUAAAAUAAGCGAGUUGAAAAUGUUGAACAUAUUUCAGCCGAAUUCCUCAAAUAAGCUGUAUCAUAACCUCAAGUUUUCAUAAUUAUCUAACAUCAAAUUUUCAAAUAUUUGAUCGCUACAGUUCUACGUGGGGCAUCCUGAAUAUAGAAUUAAGGGUAUAACUAUGACUUAACAAUGGACCACUUUAUAUAAUCAUAUUUUCUGAAUACAUAUAUGCCAAAUAUGAAAUAUAGUAACUAUAAACAGUUUCCUAAACUGCUAUUGUCAGGAGCACAAUUUGUGUACCUAUUAUAGUUUUAUAAUGUAUGAUGUCUCGUGCUAUGUAUAGCAGCCUUUUGUAGAGGCUGUAGUCCAUUUUAAGUAUAUUUGACACAGACAGACCUAGUUAUAAUCAAAAGAUAUGCUUUUCACAUCUUCGUACAUGAGUGUCCUAUUUUUAAUAAAACAAUAAUGUAUUCUGAAACUUUUUACAUUCCAACUCUAUUGCUGGGAGCACUCUACACCUAUCACCUGGACCAAGAUGGAUACAAACUUGUAUAUAAAUGAAAUAUGGACAUAAUACAUCGAAACUUUACGCGUCAUCCAGCGAUCAGUGCAGUGUCAUUACUGAGGCUGUCGCGCAGAUUUUCGGUUUGCCAUCUCUUUACGUCACAUAAAACCUGAAGUAUCGGCCAUUCUAAAUCUAAAAUAUAGUACGAUCGCAAAGAUUUACUCAUUUUCAUGAAUGAAUAUAUUCGCUGGUCUGGCGACUCUGAGUUGCGUAGUUCCUGACCCAUCUUGUAUACAGUUGGGAGUAAAUGAGUGAACAAGUGUGAUAUAUUUGAAAAUAUAGACAAUGUUUAUUAUUAUAUAAAAAGGUCUAAAUCAAAUAAUGCGAAAUGUAUAGGUUGUACAUAAAUGAAACCACGGCAAAAUAUAUUUUAUUCUAUUGGUUUGUCAUCAAUUUACAGCAUUCCCAAAAACGUAUAAUACGGCAGUUGUUGGACAGCCAAUUCUAAAAAGACAUUCCAUUAUUAUUUAUACUUUGGGUCCAGUCCGAAGACAUCACUUUGUUU